AUGGAAAUGGAGCGACCUGGAAAGAACACGAUCCGCGUUCGAAAAUGGUUUGGAAAUCGCAAAGAGCUCGCUGCCAUCCGCACUGUCUACUCGCACAUUCAAAACAUGAUCAAGGGAGUCACCAAGGGUUAUCGUUACAAGAUGCGUUCCGUCUGUGCUCACUUCCCAAUCAACAUAGCUCUUCAAGAAAAGGACGACUUAUCGAGGCAUCGGACUUCCAUGAUA